AUGGCAAACAGCCUUCUUGCUGCUGGCGACCACGAAGCCAGUCCUGCACCCACCGGCUCCGGAAUGAGUGGUCAGAUAGAUUCAGUUACUACCUUCACCUUCUGCGAAGUUCUUCUGGUAUAUCUUCACCACUCCUGGAUUACGACUGACAUGUCCGUCUGCUCCAUGACCGGUGACACCGCCGUGCACCCGUUCACUCCGUCGUCUUUGACCACGGUGCUAGCCAGUACUACGGCCACAGUCUCCGCCGGGGUCGGACCAAGUAGCAGUCCUGGAUCUUCUGGGUCUCAGCAGACACUUGUCUCGCCUACUCAGACCAGUGCAAAUUUCAGAAGCUCGCCUUCAUCCUGGUUUCCCACUUCUACGACCUCAGCCGGGGCUACUGCGACAUUGGACUCGACGACAAGUACAGUGCCUGCCAGUUCUCAAGAUGCAUCGUCUUCUUCCAGUACAAGUAGCCAGAGUAGCACCUUCACCCCUAUUGUGUCUGCCAUUGUCACCACGAUUUCCAUUCCAGGCAUUGGUCCGUCAACAAUUACGAUCGAGGUGGACGCGACUACCAUCAUCCCAUUGCCUGCCGGAUUACUGACUACUCUCGUGGGCCCUGGUUCUGAGGAAGAGACAAUUAUCCCACUCCCGGGCGGCCAGCAAACGACGAUCUCGCUGAGUCUGGGACAGACGACUGCCUUGUCACUGCCUGGGAUUGGUCUCACUACCAUAUCGGCAUCCGCGCCAGCUACAUCAAUUUCGGCGUCUCCACCAGUCCAGUCGCUCUCCUCUACCGGAAGCGUACCAGGGACGUCUCUAGCAACUACAACAUCACCCACAGGCAUUGCGAGCACGACAUCGACGGAUGUAGCUUCUCCAGGUGGGACCACCACAUCAACCGAAGCAGUCUCUCCAAAUUCGACCGGAGCAUUUACUACCAUAUCGGUGGCUACCACGGUCAUCGCCCUCCCGAGCGGGCAACAGACCACAGUGAGUUUCGAUCCCGAAUUCGGGACGACAUUGACUCUAUUGGGUGUGGGCACCACCACCAUCCCUCCAAUCACGCCUUCUGGCACGUGGCCUGCUCCGUUCACGUCCACCAUGACCUCAGGGUACGCAGGAACGCUCCUACCGGCGGCCUCGCUCAUGCCAGUCCCGCUCGUCCGUGUCUUCUUCGACAACACAAGCUAUGUCGUUCCGCCCUGCGAGACGAACCCUGAGCCCGUUUCCAUCCUGCUUUCCGACGGUCAAUGGGAAGGAACCCUUUAUUGCGAUCGGCUUGUCGUUCACGGGCUGAUUUUCCAUCUACCCGAAGACGUGUCUAGCUCCCCUGAAGAAACGCAAGGCGGCUGGAUUGCCAAAUGGACUUCCCGCGGCAUCCGCAACGACAUGUCCCAUGAUGAGAUCAUCAGAGCAUUUGCACUUAUAACUACUUCAGGAGGCGGAGGCGGAGGCGGAGGCGGUGGCGGUGGAGGGGGAAGUGGUUGUGGAUCAAGUCUCUUCGGUCUUUUCGGAUGUCUCAUAAGCGCUGUCGGCGGGGGCAUAGCGCAAAUCGGUUACGACGCAGCCUCUGGCCUUGUUGACCUCGAGGCAGGAGACGUCGAGCUGGAAGUCCUGAAAUCGGUCCAGAACAACAUCUUUCAGCUGAGGCAAAACCUGGGCACCCUGGGCGCGGACCUCAGCAGCGCGAUUGAGUCGCUCCGAUCAACACCUGCGGUCCUGCAGUCCCUGGAUGCCGAUAUAAUCAAUGAGCUUGGCAGCGGAAUCGCAAGAGCGGAGAACUCUUGGCAACAGUUUACCAACCUGGCUGACAUCACCGGUAUCACCGCCGGUGGUCGCGCGUUGAUUACGCUCGCGAGAACAAGGCCUAUUUUGCCCAUUAUGGCACCUCUUGCAGGCGGUAUUUGGGGCCUGAGAGUUGCGGUUCGGUACGCAUCUAGACUGUCAUUGCUUUUUUUUGACUAUAGUGGCGACAAUCCACCCGAAGAGGAGAAACGCCCAAGACAGUCGGAUGCUUCGUUCUACUACAUUCAGUGCAAAGCUGGCACCACCGUCACUCAGUUCAACGCUCUGAAGUAUGUCACUACCACCGAUGUUGAGGGACGCUCAAUAGGAAUCAACUCCUGGUAUCCCGAUGUUGCUCCCGCCUACUACGUUGCCAUGAACCAGUCCAUCGCGGAGAUGAUCAAGUACCUACCGAUAGUCAACUUCGUGACGAAAAGGCCAACAUUCUCAGAUACUCAGGACCCAACGUAUGACCAGGGCCCCCUGAUCGAGAAUGCGGACUUGGGAGUUCCACUCUACGACGAGGAUGAUACGUUAUCAUAUGACGCAUCGACGUUGCCGGUCAACCACUCGACCAAGGCAUUUAUAGAUGCGAAGAAGGGCACUGCGCAGGAACCACGACAUCUCAGCGGCCGCGCGUUGGUAACGAAUCCCUUUGCUCCAAAUCAUCUGAAGAUCCUGAGUUCAGUCUUCGGCACGGAUCCGACGACGCAGCCAUACAUCGCUGAUGAUUCUGGCGGGAAGGGGUCCUGGAUCUUCAUCCUGGACGGUGGCUUCAAUAUCGACAAUGUUGCCCAUGAGCUGAAUUCCGAUGAGCAGCACCAGGCAGGCAGGGAGAUCAGGACUUACGUCGUGCCGAACGAUUACACCCUGCCAGAACUGAGCAAAGAGGACCUCGAGGACGGAAUGACCUACGCGGACGAUGACGAUAUGCGGGAUAUCACAAUUGACCCUGUGGUAUUCUUCGGUAUGUACACAGCCCUCAAGGGGCACGGUACAGCUGUUUCUUGCAUCGCCGGCGGUUCGCUGACGGGGGUGGCACCAAACGCGAAUCUGUUUCUCAUCAAGUCCCAAAACGUAUACAAUUUCAAUGGGGGUCUCUACCCCAGCAGAAUAACACUAUCCGGCUUCAAAGCCGGGAUGGACCGAGUCCUCGACGCCAUCACCCUCGAUGGCAUACCAGGUCCAAGAAGUGUCAUUCUCUGGACGGUAUCCACGGUCGUGCGGAACGCUGAUGCCGCGGAGCGACAGAAAUUCGACGACGUCACGAGCGAGUACAUCACCCGACUAGAGAAGCUCGGAGCGACCGUAGUCACAGCGGCCGGAAACCGCGGCGUCAACCAGGCCACCGGCAUGUUUGACGCGUUCCUCGGCGAUCAAUGGCCCCAGCGGCUUGGUACUGUUGACAAUGCGCUGAUCACCGUCGGCGCGACCACCGCCCAGGGCUCGCUCUACAAGACGACGUCACCCGAGGGCAACUUCGCCGACGACCAGAGCCAGCCCCGGGGGUCAUUGACGCUCUACUCUCAGGGCAAGCAGGUCCUGACGUACGACGCCACUGGAGUGACAGAUGUGAAGUUCGGGACCAGCGUCGCGGCGCCGUCGGUGGCGGGCCUCGUGGCGUAUUACCUGACGCUGCAUGAGGGUGUUGGCAUGUUCGACUUCCAAGACAACGACUACGACAACGGCAACUCGGUCGCCAAGCGAAUGAAGAAAUACCUUGCUGAGAAGUCGUUCCAGCGAGUCACGGAUGACAAGAAGAAAGACCCCUCAGAUGGAGGUUUGUGGCUGUACCCGAUUCCUGCGACUAUCAACGUUGCGUACAACAUGGGCCGUGGGGAGCCGGUUCCGUACUGCGGUCCCGAGCCGAUCUCAGCAAGAGCAGACGGGAUGCUGUGUGUGGCCUCUAGCUCUUCCACGUCGAGUUCGGACGGCCCGACUACCUUCAGUACUGUGACUACGAGCUCGGACAGCUCAACUACCUCCAGUACUGUGACCACGGACAGCUCAACUGCCACGAGCACCUCGAGCACCACGAGCUCAAGCAGCUCAAGCAGCUCAACUACCUCCAGUGCCUUUGACAUAGGCUCAGCCCUAAGCUCAGUGCUGGGAGUCAGCGACCCAGGCAUGUCGACCACACCAACACCGACCCCUACCACGUCAGCUGCACCACCACCUCCACCUCCUGCAGUUGAGUGCUAUGGGGUUGGCCACGGAUACCUAGUGGAAUUCAACGUCGUUGGGUGCAAUGCCUGGGUCACCGAUGGAGGAGCCUCGCUCAAGCACGAAGAGGAUGGAUGCGGUGGUUUCAGCGGCUGGAACUACGACGCAAACGCACGCGAUGGCUGGGCGAGUUUCGUUCUCGGGGGCUUCAAAGAUGGCUGCAUUGAGCGCGCCAUCGUGAGUUCCGGCGGCCCGCAUAUUGCCUGUCAGAUGUCAGGCUGA